AUGAAGUUCUCCAUCACCGCUGCUGUUCUUGCUUUCGCUGCCACCGUUGUGGCCAUGCCCGGUGGCUCUCCUUCCACUGGUAACGGUGCCGGCAAUGGUAACGGCAACGAUGGCAACAGCCAAGUUCGCUUCCCCGUCCCCGGCGACAUGACUGUCAAGCAGGCCGAAGACAAGUGCGGUGACCAGGCUCAGCUGUCCUGCUGCAACAAGGCCACCUACGCUGGUGACAGCACCAACGUUGACAGCGGUCUCCUCGCUGGUACCCUGUCCAACCUCAUUGGUACUGGAUCUGGCUCCGAGGGUCUGGGUCUCUUCCAGGAGUGCUCCAAGCUCCCUAUCCAGAUCCCCAUCAUCGGGAUCGCCGUCCAGGACAUCAUCAGCAAGCAGUGCCAGCAGAACAUUGCUUGCUGCCAGUCGUCUCCCUCUACCACCGACGACGACCUCAUCGGCCUUGGUCUCCCCUGCAUUGCCCUCGGUUCCCUCGUCUAA